CUAUAGGCGGGCUGACCGUCAGUCAGUCUGGCCUGGUCUCCCUACCGAAGAUAACCAAAAGGAAAAGAGGGCCAACACUCGAUGGGGGAGCGGGUGAGAACAAAAUAAAAUCAAAGACACACCCAUCCAUUCACGAAAUCUAAUCAUUUACGCAAUCCUGAUACGUCACUCUUGGUAUCCGCCAUGUCAUGCGACCGGGCUUUUGGCCCUCGUGUUGCUUCAAGCUGCCGUGCAUUUGAUUUUACACUCUAUUUCGAAGACGCAGUCUUUGCCGUUCUCCCAACAGCAGCACUAUUACUUUUCUUGCCUUUGUCGUUGGUCUUGUCAUCAAGAAAUCCAAAGGUGGUGAAGAGGUCCAAACUGCUCGCAGUGAAGCUAGUAACAUAUCUGUGUCUGUUGGCAUGUCAAGCAGUCUUCCUCGCCUUGCGGCGGGUGGAUCCUGGCCUGCGGACCCAAGCGUCUCUUGCGGCAGACGUGAUUGGUACCGCUGGUGCAAUCGGAGUUGCUCUGCUGUCAUGGUUUGACCACCAGCGCUCCAUCCGGCCCUCGAGCCUUCUUGCCAUGUACCUCAUGAUUGCAACGAUUCUUGGUGUCGCUAGGCUCAGAACGCUCUGGUCCAUCCCGGGAGCCACGGGAGCAGCCAUUGUAUUUUCCUUGGUGCUCGGCCUGACAUUGACGGCAUUGGUUCUGGAGUCCACAAGCAAGGACCAGGCCCUGCGCUCGCCCCGGGAGUACUCGGGCGUCGGAUCGGAACCGUUUAGUGGCCUGUGGGCACGCAUCGCAUACUUCUGGUUGCUAGGCACUGUUCGACAAGGAUACCACAAAAUACUCUCUGUUGAUGACUUGCCAGGCAUGGACCCUCAGCUCAGGAGUGGCGUGCUGCAUAGUAAACUAGAGCGAGAAUGGUCUGCAUGUGAUCAAGCGAGAAAGUAUAGCCUCAUCGUGUCUUGCUUCCGUGCCUAUUCGACCGCACUCUUCUCGGCUGUCCUCCCUAGAUUGUGUCUCACCGGCUUCACUUUUGCCCAGCCGUUUAUGAUCAACACUCUGACGGACUGGAUACAAAAAACAGAUGCGCCAGAAAGCUCAGGGAAAGGGAUGAUUGGUGCCUAUGCCCUUGUAUACCUAGGCCUAGCGUCAGCUACAGCUUUCUAUUGGUAUCAAACUUUUCGCUUCAUUACACGUGUUCGCGCCGGCUUGAUCUCAUUAGUGUAUCAACAGACAGUACAGGCCAGAGCUAUUGACUUGGGCGACACCACCGGGCUGACGUUAAUGGGAACUGACGUGGACCGCAUUGUACUGGCAUUCCGCUCCCUCCAUGAAGUCUGGGCAUCACUUCUGGAGAUGUUCCUGGCCAUAUAUCUGCUCGAACGCCAACUAGGGGUUCCGUGUGUCAUGCCCGGCGUACUUACACUAGCCUUCACUUUGACCACGUUUAAGCUAUCUUCCAUAGGCAAGACCUCGCAGAAGCGGUGGAUCGAGAGAGUGGAGAAGCGACUGAGCGUCAUAUCCAGCAUGCUCGGCGAUAUCAAGGCGGUGAAAAUGCUGGGGCUCACUGACAAGAUGUUUGACAUCAUCGACCGGCUACAACGAAUUGAGAUUGAGACAUCAAUGCGGUUUCGCAAGAUUUUCAUCGCCCAGGUAUUCUUCUCCAACGCACCGGCCGCCCUUGCGCCUAUUGUCACCUUUGCCCUUUAUGUUGGUAUCUCCAAUGCCAAAAACGAUAAUACACUUCUUGCUUCGCGGGCGUUCACGUCGCUUUCGCUCAUCUCUCUUCUUACAGCAUCUGCACUGACGUUUAUUCAGUCAAUCCCCUCCAUGAUUCAAUGUUUUGCUUGUUUCGAAAGAAUCCAAGAAUACUGCCGCCAGCCGAUUAGCCCGUUCGCUGCCCAGGAACAUUUUCCCACUCACUCUAAGUUAUCCUGCGAGAAGAAGCAAAUUCAACUGCACCCACUCGAGAUGGCCAAUGACAGCAAAAGCUCCUCGCCAUUGAUUUCAUUCUCCGAUCAGAGCUUCUCUUGGAGCAAUGCUGGCCCAGCCAUCCUGAAGUGUCUCAACCUCGAAAUCCAGCCCAGGAAAAUCACCGUGAUAGUAGGUCCGACGGGGAGCGGAAAGUCUACGUUACUGCAAAGCAUUAUUGGAGAAACAAUCGCUUUAGGGGGCCAAACUAACCGGAACUUUUCGACAGCGGCCUACUGCUCGCAAACCCCGUGGUUGACAAAUGGCACAAUACGUGAUAACAUCAUCGGCGCGUCUCCCCUAGACGAGGUCUGGUAUGCUUCAGUGUUACAUGCGUGUGCACUCGAAGAUGACAUUGCGCGCCUUACUCGGGGAGACCGCACCAAAGUUGGAAGCAAUGGCGUCAACCUGAGUGGGGGCCAAAGACAGCGUGUGUCUAUGGCCCGAGCUGUAUACUCCAGAUGCAGACUAGUCUUGCUUGAUGAUACCUUUAGUGGUCUAGACUCACACACGGUGGAGCUGACUGCCGGUCGUCUCUUCGGCCCGGAGGGCUUAUUUGUCCGCAACCAGACCACUGUCAUCAUCGCUACUCAUUCAUCUGCCGUACUGGCCUUUGCGGAUAUUGUCGUGGUGCUCGAAAAUGGCAGCGUGGUAAAGGCUGGAAAGGCGCAGGCACCGGAACAAGCCGUAAAAGAGGACCUUGCAAUUUCCAACAUGGAUUCUACCAAUGAAUCCGCCCAGAGUAACGAAUCUGGAAGCCUACGCGGUUCUGGGUCGACUCAAGCUGCUCAGGCUGACUCUCCGCUAGGCCAAGACGCUGCUGAUAUGACUGACCUAAAACGACGACAGGGAGACUGGUCAGUAUACAGCUAUUACUUCAAAGCCGCAGGGAAGUAUGAGUUGGCAUUUUUCCUUGCCUUUAUGUCAUUAUGGACUGUCUGCGAACAAUUCUCUGCGGUAUGGCUCAAUUGGUGGUCUGAUGCAAACGAGGUGGCCACAAACCGCCGCGAUGGGAUGUAUCUUGGAGUGUAUGCCGGCUUGGGCGUCGCUGCUAGUGUCUUUAUGGGUGCUGCCUGCUGGUUUUUGUUUAUCAACAUAAUAACAAAAUCGUCGAGAACCUUCCACCGUGCUCUUCUAUUAGCCACGCUACGCGCACCCUUGUACUUCUUCUACGAAACGGAUCUUGGGUCCAUUACAAAUCGCUUCAGCCAAGAUAUGGAGCUCAUCGGCCUGGAUUUCCCCCUUAUCGCCGUGAAUUACGUUUCCGCCGCAUGUAACUGCAUCGCGCAGGUUCUCAUUCUUGGUAUUUUUACGAAAUAUCUCGCUGUCACCGUCCCAUUCGUCCUGGCUCUCGUGGUUAUCAUACAGCGAUUCUACCUACGUACCUCCAGACAGGUGCGUCUGUUGGAUAUCGAGGCCAAAGCGCCGGUAUAUCUGCACUUCAUCGAGACAGCCAGCGGAACUGCUACCAUACGAGCGUUUGGCUGGCAACAUUAUUUCCGACGAACGCUUGAGGUCGCCCUGGACCGAUCCCAGCGCCCGGUGUACCUACUCUUCAGCGUUCAGCGAUGGCUCGCACUGGUCCUCGACCUCGUGGUCUCGGUCCUCGUGAUUAUCUUGGUCUCGAUCGUGGUGACAUGGAAGAGUUCCUUCGACUCGGGCGCCGUGGGAUUGUCACUUGUCAUUGUUAUGAUGUUCAACAAGACUCUAAUGUCAGUGGUCCAGUACUGGACGAGUCUCGAGACAUCCGUAGGCGCAGUUGCACGUAUCAAGCAGUACGUCGAACUGACAAAAUCCGAAGACCGGAGCGACCGCAUCCCACAAACCAUUCCUCAGAACUGGCCGUCGUCUGGGGCUAUCAAGUUCUCGAAUUUGGUGGCGUCUCAUGCGCCCGAUGGUCUUCCCGUACUCAAGGAUAUCUCCCUGGAUGUAAAGGCGGGGGACCGGGUCGCCAUCUGCGGACGAUCCGGCGGCGGUAAGACCUCGCUCGUACUGAGCGUGCUCCAGAUGACCAGCAUACAGCGCGGGUCAGUUGAGAUUGACGGCAUCGAAAUCUCAUCCCUAGCGCCAGUCGAGCUUCGCCAAUGCAUCAAUGUAGUCCCACAAGACCCCGUUCUCAUGCCUGGCUCCGUUCGGUUCAACCUGGACCCAUACGGUAGCGCCUCGGAGGAUGAAAUCAUCAAGGCUUUGGGAGAGCUUCGACUAUGGAGCCGCAUCGAGGCCUUGGGCGGGCUUGAGUCAGAGCUCGACAAUGCUUCCUGGUCUGCAGGCGAAAGGCAACUGCUGUGCUUAGCGAGAGCCAUGGUGCGAAAGAGCCGGUUGCUGCUGCUCGAUGAAGCGACCAGCAGCGUUGACCCACAGACUGAGGUCCUCAUGCAGGAUGUGAUCGCCACCGGGUUCCCCAAUUGCACGGUCCUCUCGGUAAUGCAUAGACUGAACACCAUCAGGCGGUUUGACAAGGUGAUAGUACUUCACGAAGGUGAAAUUGUGGAGUAUGAUGAACCGAACACGCUACUCGCCAAGGAGUCGAGGUUGCUUGAGAUGUAUAAGGCCGGAGGCUACCAAUGACUGGCGUAGUCAGGUAGGCAGGGCGCCAACUUCACUCGGGUUUUACUAGAUCUCUUUUCUUUCCUUACAUGAAAUACCGUACCAGCUCUUAGGUCCCACAGGUAAACUGGUAUAUCUCACAUGUAAUUCCAUUCUAAUCAUUCAUUUAGAGAUAAGGCAUCUUAAUGCUAUUCUUACCGGG